UUGGUUUGUUGUGCAAUUUCUUCCAUGUACAAAGCACACUUGCCCUUGAAGAAACUUUGGUUGCCAAUCUUACCACUUGUGUACCCCUGCAAAUCUCUGGAAGCAAGCAUGCAGCAGCAAGCUCAGAGGAAGAUGGUUGUGUCCAAGAAGCUCAUGAAGGUUGGCCCAUGGGGCGGCGCCGGGGGGCACCCGUGGGACGACGGCGGCUACUCCGGGAUCCGCAGCAUCACCGUGUCCUACGACCGGUCCAUCGACAGCAUCAGCGUGGAGUACGACAGGAACGGCCUGGCCGUCCCCGGCGAGCGACACGGAGGAGCCGGCGGCAACCACACGACUCAGAUCAAGCUGAGCUUCCCGGACGAGUACCUGACGGCCGUGAGCGGGCACUACUCCCCGAUGGCGCACGGCGGCUCGCCGGUGAUCCGGUCGCUGGCGUUCCGGAGCAGCCAGAGGGCGUACGGGCCGUUCGGCGCGGCCGAGGGCACGCCGUUCACGUUCCCGGUGGACGGAGGCGUCAUCGUCGGGUUCUGCGGGAGGAGCGGCUGGCAGCUCGACGCCGUCGGUCUGUACGUCGCGGCGCUGCGCCCGGAGAGGGUGUACGACAGGGUGCAGAAGCUCGGGAUCUCGGCCUACCGGGCAGUGAUGCACCGUAUCGGGCCUCAGCAGGAGCAGCAGCAGGAAGAGCAGGUGAAACAGAUGAACGGCAACGCUCUGAUAACUCACAAGACGUAGCGGUUGCCGUCACCUGUCAGCAGCAUGCGAACCAGGUGUUUUCUUUAUGUAUCCACGUACCAGCUAGUGUAUGAAUCUAGUGUGCACAACUUGCUUGUAUGACUUAUGGAGAGAUUCUAGUAGAAUACAACCCCAUUGGCUACGAAAGUCCUUCUAGGUCGUCCAAAGCGAGGUCGCAAGUCCUGACACACACAUCGGUCACUUCUAGU